AUGCUUAGUUACAGAACAUCAUCUGAGAUCACACAAUUCAAGGAUGGAAUGAAUGAUGUGGGCGACAUGUUGGGGCUAAUAACGAAGAACGCUGACGCAUUCAAGCCUUUAUUUUGCCAUCUUUCAAAAGACCUUAGUAAAAGGGAGAUGGACAACAUCAUUCGCUAUGACUACAGUGGCCGUGGGUCAAAUUCCUGGGAGCUGUUAAGAAGGAUAACAAUUUUUGAUUCAGAUCACCCUGCAUCCAUGGGAGAAUUACUAGCAUUCAUGUCCGGGGCGAGUACCAUUCCACCCUGCGGCUUUCACAAGCCUAUCGAUAUCCAUUUCUACACACAAGAAGAUGGAAUGACCCGUCUUCCAUCUGUAUCGACAUGUUCUUUGGAGAUGUGGCUGCCGAGGGGACAAGGGCCAGAAACACUAUCUGCCCUUCUCAUGCGGUGUUUGCAGGAGUCACAGGGUUUUUUAAAGAUCUGA